AUGGUUUGUCCUCCUGAGAAAUAUUUAGAACCUUGCUAUUGCAGGCGAGUGGCAUACGGUCUUCAUGUCGUAUGUGCCAAUUUCAAUUCCAGUUCCAGUCUCGUAAGAGCUUCUAAAAUCAUGCGCGAAUACUAUGUGACCAGAGUUCUUUUCCAUGGUUUAAACAUCACUGACGAAUUGCCGAAUGAUUUGUUUCAUAACACUUAUAUCAACGGAUUAACAGUUGAAAAUUCCACAUUAAAGUUCUCACAAGAAGCGUUUACAGGUUUGGAUGAUACUUUGCACUCCCUGUUCGUUGGACAACAUUCUGUGAUCAAAAGCAAAGAUGACUUCACUUUGGCACGCCUUAGCAAACUUGAAGAGUUUAGAAUGAAGUUCGAUCACCUGCCGAAGAUCCAAAACACAUGGUUGAACGGAAAAGUAAAUAAUGUUCGUAUACUCGUCUUAGACGACAAUGAUAUAACUGAAGUCGAAAUAGCUGCAUUUUCUGAACUGUCACAAUUGAAGAGUAUAUCUAUGGCUAACAAUAAAAUCAAGAGUCUUAGCAGAUCAAUAUUUUCGUACCCAGUUCAACAUCUGAAGACCAUUGAUCUAACUAACAACCAGCUCGAUAAAUUGCCAACUAACUUCUUCGCUUUAAUGCCUUCCUUGCAAAAUGUAUUCCUGGCUGAAAACAAUUUUAAAACACUACUAGAAGUUACAUGGGGACCAGUAUGGAAACAUCUCUUUGCUGUUAUUGUGACAGGUAACAAAUUGAUGUGUGAUUGGAAGAUGGAAUGGCUGAAGAAAUUUCGUCGAAUCGAUAACUUGAAAGGUCGCUGCGUUGCUCCUAAAGACGUAGCUGGCAAACGAAUUUGGGAGGUAUAUUAUGGACGGGAUAGUAAUAUCAUGUAG